GGCCGGCGCUAGAGGCAAUGGAGGAGCGAAAGAAGAAGAGCGCGGCGGGGCUGAACGACGCGGCGGGAGAAGGACGGGAGGCGUUCAGACGAUCCCCGAGGGCGCGCGUGCGGGAGCAGAGACCUGGGUGGCGAGUAUUGUGGCGUAAGAGAAAACCGAGGGGAGAGAGUGCAAGCGGGAUGCAGGGUAGACAGACCCGCUCCACACCCUGUCCCUGCACAUACCAUAGCCACCUUCAGAAACAUUGCGUUUCUGCUAAUGAUGGCUGCGAUGGAUCCCCUAAUGGCCUUAUUAACAUUUGUAAGAUUUAUGAUAAACGUAUUUGAAUUUCUCUUCAUAUGUACAUGUGUGUGCACCUGUAUAUAUAAACACACAAUAUGCAUGCACAUAUACUCCACAAUGAUACAUACAUUUAAUUUAUGUAUGUGCGUGGGUGGGUCUCAUGUUUUAUGAAUAAUAUUUCUAGCCUUUUUUCUAGAAUCAGAAACAACAAAGAGGUUUGCACCACCUUAAAAUACUAUGGUUUAUGCUUUCAUAGAGCCCACUUCACAUCAGAAAAGUCUUCUAGGAUGAAUUUUAAUUACAGGGUCUAUUGAUGUCCAGGCAUUCAAACCACUCAGAUCUGCUAAGUUUCAAAGUUGUUGCCUUAUGAACUAUAUAUGUGGACUAGCAUCGUAUAUAUGGACUAGAUACUUAGAUUUUUUUAAAAUGUUAGAGCGGUGUGUGAAUAUACAUAGUAUGUGUGCAUGUGUGUGCGUGGGGAGAAUAAUUCUAUCCAUUCCUCUGCUGGAGCUUCAAUUUACAGAUUUUGAUGGGGCUAAUGAUAACAUAAUUGUGUUAUUUGUUAUAAUGGGCUGAAAUGAUAAGAGAGGAAGUCUUCAGAAAAAUAUUACUCAUGCAUUUGUCAGAAAUGCUUGAGGUACAGGAUAUCUGGUCUUUGGAGUAAAAAUGAUUUUUCUUGCUGUUCUAACAGAUCUUGGUAGUUGCAUUGGUACUUUUAAGUGAUUAACAAUCCCCAUCUGAUUUAUCAAGCCUAUGCAAUUACAAACAUUUCCGCCUCUGACUUUGUGCAUAUGUAUAGUUGCAUCUGGGAUACAGUAUUUUGGUGUCUGCCUGAUAUACCUGACAUGAAAAUAUGUACAACUUAAUGAAUCUAAAUAAUAUUCCAUUAUUUAACUCUUACAUUAUAGUGGAGUUCCAAACAUAACAUUACAGCAGAUAUGUGAGUCAGUCGUACAGAUCAAUGGCUAAUACCAACAGGUUAAGUGCAUGAGGCACACAGUCAAAAUGUUACUUUCAUAUUAUACUUUUUAUAGUGUUAUUUACUGAAUUUUUAUCUCACACCAUUAGCCAGAAGGCUCCUUGUUAUGUUUUUUUAACACUAGUCUAUUGGCUGGUAAUUCUGUGCUUGGCAAGAUAAUAAUGAAUCCUGUUAAAUGUGUUUUAUGCUUGACCAACACCUGUGUGUUUUUGGGUGGUAGAGAAGCAAGCAACUGCAUUUGUGACCAGCUUGCUUGAAUUAUUCUCCAGGAGAGGACAAUGGACAGUGCUUGAGGAUAUGCUGAUUCUAAAGCUGUGCAGAACCAGAGAUGACUGCUUAAACAUUAGUAUAGAGAUGGAUUUGGCCCAGAAGUUGCUUAUUCCUGGGUAUAGGAGGAGGGAAGUAAAAAAGUAUAUCUAAAUGCACAUUUCUGAGAAGGUAUUUCCAUUGCAUUCAGAUAAUGCACUGGCAUAUGCUUUGAAGAGAUUAAUCCCUGGAAUAUUUUGAAAUAAACCCAUACUUUCUGCUUCAUAACUCUUUUGUCUUAGAUCCAGACAGUUCGAGUGGGACCCCAUUUGUUCCAUGAAUGGAAGGACACCCUUCCAUUUGUGUACACAUAUUUGAAGCUUCCAUAGUUAGAAGACAGCUUGUGAUUCCCCCCUUCAUCCUUCAGCCUCCCAUGCAGGAUCAAAGAAAUUCAGCAAAUGGAAGGGGUCUUUCAUUUCAUAGAAGAAAAAUUAUUAUAAUAAUGUUUAUUAAAGAAAUACAUAUACUAUUUCUUUAAUUUGCCCCUCUAGGUCCUGCAGACUAGACUCAUUAAGCUUUAAUGUAUGACCUGGUAUUUGUUAUUUUAAAAAAUUACAUCAGGCAAUUUAUAGCAGAAGAAAUUUGUGUCAAGAAAAACUUGCAUGGAAAAAAUAAACUAUUUUUUUCUCAUAAGUUUCCAAAAUAGCGGUAUGCACUAGGAAAAGCUAUGGUAUAGUUGCAGCUGUGCGUUAACUAAUUAGAGCAUAUUUUUGCUUAAGGUUGACAGAUUUUCUGUGGUUAUAUAUUUUCAAGACAACAACUUGACAUUAUGUAAUUUUUAUUAAGAAUGCAUUAUAAUGAUGAACUGAUUAUUUUCCCUUUAAAUAGAAACUCUUGUAGCCCUGAAACAGAAGGACACUUUUUGAAUUCCUUAGUGCAGUAUUUUGGGGACAGCCUUGGGACAAAUGUUAAAACAAUGCCUUUACUAGAGGAAAGCAUUCUACCUGUGGACCCACCGCUGACUUUGCCAGUGGUAGUAAUAGGAAAUGGACCAUCAGGAAUAUGCCUCUCUUACAUGCUGUCUGGAUACAGGCCAUAUUUGUCUCCUGAAGCUGAACAUCCAAAUCCAGUUUUGCAUAAUAAAUUAAAAGAAGCUAGUCAUCUUUCUCUUGUUGAUCAGGACCUAGAAUACUUGGCUGAAGGCCUGGAAGGACGCUCUUUGAAUCCUGUUGCAGUUCUUUUUGACACGCUGCUUCAUCCUGAUGCUGACUUUGGAUUUAAUUAUCCACCAGUUCUUCACUGGAAACUAGAAACUCAUCACUAUAUCCCGCACAUAGUGCUGGGCAAAGGACCACCUGGUGGAGCUUGGCAUUCUAUGGAGGGUUCUAUGCUGACCAUCAGCUUUGGAGACUGGAUGGAAUUACCUGGAUACACAUUUAAAGACUGGGCUGCCACUAAGAGAAGAAAUAUAAAGUGUGACCGCGUUCUACCAGAAGAAAUUGCUAGCUACUAUAAGCACUUUGUUAAAGUCAUGGGCUUACAGAAGAACUUCAGAGAAAACACUUAUAUAACAUCUGUAUCAAGACUCUAUCGAGAAAAGGACCAUGAAGAUGAAGUCCAAGAGAAUGCAGAUGUUUUGCCACAUUUGCAACUGGAGGAGCAAGGUGGGCAGACUACACUGAUAAAGAGAAACUGGGAAAUCAGAGGUUACCAGAGGGCAGCAGAUGGGUCCCAUGUGCCAUUCUGUUUGUUCGCUGAGAAUGUUGCUCUUGCCACUGGAACUUUCGAUGCUCCUGGCCGACUCCAAGUUGAAGGAGAAGACUUUCCUUUUGUGCUCCAUUCCAUAUCUGAUUUUGGAGCAACCAUAGACAAAGGAAUAUUACGCGGGAAAGCUGAUCCUGUCUUAAUCAUAGGCGGUGGACUCACAGCAGCUGAUGCAGUUCUGUGCGCUUAUAACAAUAACAUCCCUGUAAUUCAUGCAUUCCGGAGAAGGGUUACCGAUCCAAGUUUAAUUUUCAAACAGUUGCCUAAAAAGCUUUACCCAGAAUACCAUAAGGUCUACCAUAUGAUGUGUACUCAAUCAGUUACGACAGACUACAAUUUGCAUCCUGCUUAUACCAGUUUUCCUGAACAUCGGGUAGUUUCAUUUCAGCCAGAUAAGAAGUGUGUCCUUCAGAACACUUCUGGAUUGAAGAGGAUCUUAAAGUUUUCUGUAGCCUUAGUACUAAUAGGUUCUCAUCCUAACCUAUGCUUCCUAAAGGACCAAGGCCAGGGUAUAGGCCAUCGUCCAAAUGAACCAAUUACCUGCAAGGGGAACCCUAUUGAAAUCGAUCCUUACACAUAUGAGUGCAUAAAGGAACCCAAUCUUUUUGCAGUAGGUCCACUGGUUGGAGACAAUUUUGUACGCUUUUUAAAAGGAGGGGCUCUGGGUAUUACACGAUACUUGGUUACAAAGCUGAAGAAACAUCAUCAACUCAUAGCUGAAAGAGAAGGAGAUGGAGUGGCAUAAAGCAACAGCCACAGACACCAUUCUAAGGAACUCCAGGCAUGUGCUAAUAAGUGGUCCAUUGCCAUCUAGUUAUUGACAGCCUCUGUUUUUGCUAUACAUGACUGUUCUUCAUGCCUGCAUUGCCUCAUAGAGGAAGAGGAGACUCCAGUAUUCCAGCCUUUGCAAAUACAAAAAUCUCAUAUGCUUUUCUGGAUUUGCUUCUAGAUAAAGCAACAGUAAACCAGGAUAACAUUUGCUGAUUUGGUUUCAUACUCUAGUAAGAGCUUAUUUAUCUCUCAAGAGUUUCUGCCCAUGAGAUAAUUGUUUUGCUACACAAAAGUAGAACAUGAUCUAAGAGUAGAAGCUUCUAAUUCAAAUUAAAUCAAAUACCGAGCGGGUUAUUUGCAGCAAAGUCUUUAUUUAUUUUAUAGUGGUUAUAGUGGUUACUAUAUAAAACAUAGUACUUUUUAAAUGGCCUGUGAAAUAAAGAGGUUUACUAGCCGAGAUUAAACUCUAUCCCACAUUUAUCCUUCACUGAUAAUUGGAAGCAGUCAUCAU